UGGGGUGUCAGUGAACAGGAAGCAGCGUACAAGUUACCUUUGAAAGGGAAACGAAAACGUAGCGGAUCUCUUUCUGGUAUACUAACCAGCGUGUUCAAACACAACAAGACGACGACUAAACACUCUGUUGUUUUGAGAACCAGACCAACUUUAACUAGAAAGUCCGUCUCUAACCAAGAUCUCAGUGUUGAGAAUAAGAUGAGAAAUAUUCCCAUACACGGAGAUCUGUCGUUCUCUACUCCCUGUAUCAGAACACCUGGGCCUGCUCCACGUGGACCUGUUAUCGGAACUCCUCUUCUCACGGCACAACGCAGGAAAGCGUUAUUGAGACAGACUCCUGUGGAUCCUAGGAAGAAACCAGCCAAACCGAAUAACACAACAGUAAAUGUGACGGACUUUCCCUCACCAGUAGAUCUAGAUCCCCCAAACAAGAGAUCUAAGUUUGACAUGUCACCACAAGCUGAUCCCGUUAAGAGGAAGAACUUUAAACAGAGGCUCAGCGAGGGAUUGACAUCACGCUAUCGUAAGUCGCGACUAAAGCGCAAGAGAUCACGUGUUCACCGCAGUUCUGAGGGCAGUACAGUCACCACCACCACCUCGACCACUACAGAUGUUACUGAUGUUACAGACGAACAGACAGGUUGUGACACUCCACUUACUGAUAAAAAGAAGAAAGAGAAGGCACCUGUCUUCUGCUUCAAGGCAAAGCCUGGUAGUUUUAACGACCAACAAAAGAGGUUAACAUACACAGCGGGGUUGUCAAUUAACAACAUUAACAACUCUGAAGUGGUUGUUAACAACUGUAACGUUGAGCCCAAUCUGGAGUCUCCUGUACAACCUGAACUAGGAGAAUAUUCUCCGUCAACUUAUGUGAAGCAGCUAGAACAUGGGGCAUCAACACCUGGAAUAACUGACACUACAAUCAGUAAGAAGAAGCUGUUCCCCUCUCCUCGGUUGGACGUAUCUAUCGAGUAUCAUCCCGCGAAGAAGAGUCACAUGAUCCCAAUAUCACCUAACGUAAACCUGCACAGACGAAGGGACUCUUAUCUUCAGAGUUGCCAGGUCACAGAGGAGGUAAAGGUAGAUGCCGCCCCGCCCCGCAGGAGGAGCCCCAGACUCAGACGAUCUGCUCCAAUCAGUUUAGCUAAUGUUCAGGUCACAAACACACCCGUCUCUCGACGUUCACCUCGUCUGGCUGGCCUACCCCUCAGUCCCCCCAAAGUCCGGUCCGUCUCCGGGGACUCCUUCACAGCUGCUCGUCACAGCGUGUCUCUCAAUGCUAUUAAUAUUACUCCGCAAACUUUCAGUAGAUCUAGCAUGAACAAACUCCAGCUUUCUCUCCAUCAGAGUUUCAUUAAACUGUAUUGCUAA